UAAAUUUUUGCAUUGCCAAAAUUAAAUUUUUUUAGCUCAGAAAAUAUAUAUAUAUUAUAAAAGCACAAUAAUAUUAUUAUAAUGUUAUAUAAAAUGGGUUCUGAAAGUUACUGUUUGGCCAUUUUUGGUACAAUUGUUUUUGUUAUUUUGUGUUUGGUUGAAGGGCAACCCUUAGUUCCAGCUCUGUUUAUAUUCGGAGAUUCAGUGGUUGAUGUCGGUAAUAACAACCAAAUUCCGACCAUUAUUAGGGCAAAUUUCCCUCCUUAUGGUAGGGAUUUCAUAGGUCGUAGGCCCACUGGUCGAUUUUCUAAUGGAAAGUUAACCACCGAUUUUACAGCUGAAAUGCUUGGGUUCAGUGCAUACCCACCAGCUUAUCUUAGCAGAAGAGCUGUUGGAAGAAACCUAUUGAUUGGGGCCAACUUUGCUUCAGCUUCUUCUGGCUAUUUUGAUGUUACAGCAAAUCUAUAUCAUUCAAUUCCUCUAUCGAGACAAGUAGAAUACUAUAGAGAUUACCAAGGAAAGGUUGUGUCUAUGGUGGGUUCUGCCAAUGCUUCAUCCAUUUUUUCGGGUGGAAUUUACCUAAUUAGCGCUGGUAGCAGUGAUUUUCUCCAAAAUUACUAUAUCAACCCUCUUCUUCAUAACACUUACACUAUCGACCAAUUUUUCAACAUUCUCUUCGAAAACUUAGCACAAUUUGUUGAGGAGGUAUAUGGCAUGGGAGCAAGAAAGAUUGGAGUUACAACAUUGCCACCAAUGGGUUGUCUACCGGCCGCGAUUACAAUAUUUGGCUCAGGAAGUAAUCAGUGUGUCGAAAGAAUAAACAACGACGCUAUUUCCUUCAACACAAGACUAAAUAUUACAAUUCAAAACUUGAUAAAUAGAUUCUCUGGUCUCAACUUGGUUGUCUUGGAUACUUACACGACUCUUCGUAACAUUAUUUCACAACCUUCUACAAAUGGUUUUUCUGAAGUAAGGAGAGGGUGUUGUGGAUCAGGGUAUUUAGAAACAUCAGUUCUAUGCAAUCUUAGGGCAAUGGGGACAUGUACCAAUGCAUCUGAGUAUGUAUUUUGGGAUGCUUAUCACCCUUCUGAGGCAGCCAAUAAAAUUCUUGCUAAUGCUUUGCUCAAUCAAGGUCUUUCCCUCAUCUAAAUAUAUAUAUAUAUAUAUAUUUAUAUAUGUAUGUAAUAAUAUAUAUCCCAAUGUUACAAAUCACCACGAAGGUCUUUAAUUUUGUUUUGUUUUGAAUAUUAAAUUUUUAUGACUUGUUAUUAAUUUCUUGUAUUGUUGGUGUGUUUAAUCACGAGUAAUAGUGUUUUUGUGGCUUGUAUUAUUAUGUAUCAAUUAUCAAGGCCGUAUAAUAAAAAUAAUGCCUUUGCAACUUA